AUGUCAGAUACCAAAGAUCAGGUUGCCGUGCAAACGGCCGUCAGCCCCAACGACGAAGGGCCGUCGUCUGAGUCUGCCAAGCAGUAUACCUCCGUGACCGUCAAUGCGAACAACCAAGAUACGGACUCCGGUUCUGAGGUGCCCGCCGAUCAACUCGAUCAGCAGAAAAAUGGUCGCUUUGCCUUUCUCAGGACUAAGGAAUUUUACAUCAUCCUGGUUCUUGGUCAGGUGCUUGCGAUCACGAACACGGCCACCAGUACCUUCAGCACCCUUCUCUCGGACGAGGGAACUUCGAUCCCGGCUUUCCAGACCUUCUUCAACUAUGUGUUGCUGAACAUUAUCUUCACGCCGUAUACGAUGUACCGGUACGGCUUCAAGGGUUGGGGCAAAAUGGUGUUGCGCAACGGCUGGAAAUAUAUUAUAUUGGCUUUCUGCGACGUGGAGGGCAACUACUUCAUCGUGCUGGCUUACCGUUAUACAACCAUGCUGAGCGCCCAGCUGAUCAACUUCUGGGCCAUCGCCGUCGUCGUUGUCAUUUCCUUCCUCUUUCUGCGCGUCCGGUAUCACAUCACACAGGUCCUUGGUAUUCUGAUCUGUAUCGGCGGCAUGGGCGUUCUGAUCGGUUCCGACCACCUCACCGGCACCAACGGCGGGGACAUCUCGCGCGGCGACCAGAUCAAAGGCGACCUCUUUGCCCUGCUGGGUGCCACCUUCUACGGUCUCGCCAACACCGGUGAGGAAUACUUUGUCAGCAUGCAGCCCGUGUACGAAGUCCUGGGCCAGAUGGCCUUCUGGGGCAUGAUCAUCAACGGUGCCCAGGCUGGUAUUUUUGACCGGCACUCUUUCAAAAUCGCCGUCUGGAACGGCAAGGUCGGCGGGUACCUGACCGGAUACACGCUGUGUCUCACUCUCUUUUACUGCAUGGCGCCGCUCCUGUUCCGUCUGUCGUCGGCUGCUUUCUUCAACAUCUCCAUGUUGACCAUGAACUUCUGGGGUGUCAUCAUCGGCGUUAAGGUCUUCCACUACAACAUCCACUACCUGUACCCCAUCGCCUUCGUGCUCAUCAUCCUCGGCCAGCUCAUCUACUUCCUGGGCCGCAGGGUGCUCGGCGAGGCGCGAAAGCCCUGGCUCGGUCGGAACCAGGAACGCGGCGUCUCCGGCUUCGCCACCGCGAAGAAGAAGAUCGACAACACCGUCGCCUCUUCUCAUCAUCCUAAUUCCACCGCUCAUGACGAUCCCGCGGCUGCGGUAGAUAACGACCCUCGACGAACCAAUACCAGUGUCGUUUAG